GUGCGCGGUGCACGAGAGGUUUGUCAGGCGGGUCGGCCCGGGAGCGGCCACGCAGGUGCGGGGCGGCGGGUGGGGCUGUGGGGGCGUCACUGGGGCCUCGCUAGGGCGCAGCGGCGGGCCCGGUGGGAGCGGGAAUAGGGUUCAGGCCUGGGCUGAAAGCGAAUGAGGGCUCGCGGCGCGGCCCAGACCUGAGGUGGGCGCAGGCCGCGCCCUGCCCGCGCUGGAACGGGCUUCUCGUGCUUCGGUGCAGCAGUGAGUUGUCGGUGUUUCCUUACUGCUGUAUCUGCUGGAACACAGUGUAUUAAAUUAUCUAAGCAACCAUGCUGGCUGCAAGGCUGGUGUGCCUGAGGGCAGUAUCAUGCCAGACUAUCCACCCCACCAUUACUCAGGCUUCCCCAGCUUUGAGGAACUCCAGUAUAAAGGCAUACAGGCUGUGGCAGCCUAGCCAGUGUUAUGCCACCAGAGUAAGAACAGGUGUAAGACGUGGAAAAAUUGGCCAGGAAAUUAAAGAAGCAGCAUUUGAGCCAUCCGCAGAAACUGCGCUUAAAGCUGAUCGCCUGGGGAAAUUUAUUGUUGCCGGAGGGGCUGCUGUUGGCCUGGGGGCCCUCUGUUACUAUGGAAUGGGCAUGUCCAGUGAGAUUGGAGCUAUUGAAAGAGCUGUUAUCUGGCCGCAGUAUGUGAAAGACAGAAUUCACUCUACUUACAUGUACUUUGCGGGAAGCAUUGGCUUGACGGCACUGUCUGCUGUAGCAGUAAGCAGAUCCCCGGCACUCAUGAGCCUCAUGACAAAAGGCUCCUGGCUGGCAAUAGGUGCAACUUUUGCAGCUAUGAUUGGUGCUGGGAUGUUGGUCAGGUCCAUACCCUAUGAAGACAGUCCAGUAGCUAAACACAUGGCUUGGAUGAUGCAUUCAGGUGUCAUGGGUGCAGUGGUGGCCCCUCUAGCCUUUUUGGGUGGUCCUUUGCUGAUCAGAGCUGCCUGGUAUACAGCCGGAAUCGUCGGAGGGCUUUCAACUGUGGCCAUGUGUGCUCCAAGUGAAAAAUUUCUCAACAUGGGAGGACCACUUGGAAUAGGCUUAGGCUUUGUUCUUGCCUCUUCAAUUGGAUCCAUGUUCUUGCCCCCUACUUCUGCUUUUGGUGCUGGCUUGUAUUCGGUAGCAGUUUAUGGUGGAUUAGUGCUCUUUGGCAUGUUCCUGCUCUACGAUACGCAGCAUGUUAUCAAGCGUGCAGAAACUAUUCCGUAUUAUGGAAUAACAAAAUAUGAUCCAAUCAAUGCGUGCAUGGGUAUCUACACAGAUACACUGAACAUCUUCAUUCGGGUGGCCACCAUGCUUGCAGGUGGUGGAGGUGGCAGGAGAAAGUAAACCACGACUCCUCUUUGCAGCUGUCUGACAGCCUACCUACUGCACAUACUAAAUAAAAAUCUAUUGUUACAAGCAGUUUUGCUGCAAGUCAGAAGUUUAGAGCAUUUCAGCAUAUUGUUUCAGUGCACUGUGAUUCAGACUUAAUAGUUUUUCCUCAAACACUUUACAGCUCUGCAUUUUACAUAGUGUGAACUGCUUCUAAUUGUACAUUAUUUGGUGAAAGUAAAUUAUUUUUAAUAUAUCAGUAAGAUACACUAUCUGCUUUUUCAUGGGUUUGACAGCAAUUCAACUCUUUUUUGCUGUUACUGCAUAGUAAAGGGAGUAAUGUCUGAACUGGUAUCCCAUAUGCAGGUAGGAACAGAAGCCACUUCAUGAAAUGCUUUUGAAAUGCCUCAGUUUUCAGUUCAGAUUGCAUAAAUGAUAUUUUAGUGACGCAUUAAGAAGAACUGAACAAAUGGGUUACGGCACUAAAUGCAGUAGUGACUUCUACCCUGACAGAAAUUUCAAAGAGGUUUAAGCAAUUGUCAGAAAUGCAUUUGAUUUGACAGGUGAGGUGACCAAAAACAUGGAGACAGGAUGAGAAAACUAUGCAGCAUUUGACCAGUAUGAACUUCAGUCUCUGGAGCACACCUGAAAACUCCUAACUUUAAUGUUGACUGCAUAUAAUAAUGUGGUUCUUUUGAUACUAUGUUUAUCAGAUUGUGGAAUAGCAAUAGGGGUGUGUCUUUAUUCCAGUCACUAAGUUUCAAUAUUGCAGGCAAAGCCCCAUCCUUCAGAAGAGCUCCUCGUGCUCAUUUCUUCUAAGUGUGUACAGUUAGCACAGAAAGAGGCAAUUGAUGGCCUGCUGUAAACCCAGGUGCGAUAGGUUUACCACACUGUUGUAUAUUUUAGUCUGUUUCCAACUUUUCUCCAAAUUAGUAUGUUUAGCUUGGUCUUAAAGAAAUGUUCCCUAUCCUUGAAAUUGAUUUAACGUUAAGAAACUUACCAAAUUCUAUUGCUAUGUGUUGGAAUAAAAGGUGACUUCUUGGGCACAAGAAAGUUUUGAGCUAAUGUCAACAACUCUGACUUUCAAUUUCUAGUAAAUAUGUAUAUGUAUUGACUUACGGAACAAUAAAAUUCUAGCCUCGUGA